GUGUUGUUCUAUCUGUGAUCAAUCGGUAUCUUUGCCCGUUAUUUUGACUCCAAAAUGGCAUCCUCCGCAUCGACCUGGACCUCUCCUCCUACCCGCCCGCCUUUGAUCGAGGAGCUUGUCUCCGGUGUUGAUCGUUACAAUCCCUCAAACGUCAACAUCCUCGAAGACUACCUCUACCACCAAAUCCGGAGUCAAGAGUACGACUGCCUCGCCAACCUCGCCAUCCUAAAAUUGUACCAGUUCAACCCCGAACUCUACAACCCGGACGUCGUGAUCAACAUCCUCAUCAAAGCGCUCACCUCCGCGCCCUUCCCCGACUUCAGCCUCUGCAUCUCGCUCCUCGACGAGCGCCCCGCCGCGCUCUCCGCGUCCGCAGACGAACCGGACCCGCUCCCGCAGCUGCAGCCCGUGCUCGCGCGCCUGCACGCGCUCCUCCAGCAGUGCCGCUUCCCGCAGUUCUGGGCGCUCUACCGCGGCGACGACGUCGAGGCCCUGCGCGACAACUACACCGUCGAGUGCGUGGGCUUCGAGGAUGCCGUGCGCGAGGUCGCGGUGCGUGCUGUGAAGGCGGCGUUCACGAGCAUCGGCCGCGCGCGCCUCGGGUCGUACUUGGCGCUUGACGGGCCUGAACUUGAUGUGUACGUCGCGAAGCUCGGGUGGACGACCGAUGCGUCGACAGGCGUCAUCACCGUCCCGCCGAACCCGGACAACCAGAUUACGUCCACCGUCGUCCAGGAGAACAUCCAGCUCCCCCUGCUCCAAAAAGUGAUCACGCACGCGGCGCAGACUUCCCUCCCGCUUGUAUCCGCUGUGUAAACUAGCCGUUGUGUUGUAGCUGUAUUACGUAGAGAUUCUGACAUCUCGCGCAGACACAUGUGUGAGGUCGCAUUAC